GCCCCCACAAUUUGUACUUUCACUGAUCUUUAUCUUGAUUAAAGGUUGGUUUUACUAUCCAAAAGAAGCCAGUUGCAUCUUCAAUAGACUGUGGUGUUAUCAUAGCAUGGAUAAAUUGUACAUCCACAUGGUUAGCUAUGCCGCUCAUAUUGGCCACAAUAAUUUUCUCCAUGCAUCAGGUUAAAAUUGCUAUAAUAGGUAUUACUGCUGGUGGAGUUGGACUUGAUUUCUCUUCGGCACAAAAUGUUGUGUUUUUGGAAUUACCUCAGUCACCUUCGUUGAUGCUUCAGGCUGAGGAUAGAGCUCACCGGCGAGGGCAGACCAAGGCAGUCAACAUAUACAUUUUCUGUGCCAAGGAUACGUUAGAUGAGUCUCAUUGGCAGAACUUGAACAAGAGUUUGCGCCGCAUUACCUCGACCACUGAUGGAAAAUAUGAUGCAAUUCAAGAAAUUGCGGUAGAACGUGUUUCUUAUCUAGAAGCAUGUGGCAGAAGUGGUAGAAAUUCUGAGAGUGAUAUGAACUCAGCAACAAGCAUUGAACUCUCCUCAAAAGGAACGAGAUCUCAAGGCCAUGUCUCUUUGGUGGCUGAAGUAAAAGAUGAUUUAAAUGCUAAGACUGAUUAUCCAUCUGGUCAAAAUGAUGGCAUCGACAAUACAACUCAAGUAGAUCAAAUAGCUUUUAAGGGUGAAAUGUUAUCUGUGCAACUAAACAAAGAUUUGCUCUCAAUGGGAAAAUUGGAAGAGAAUGUCAUUGAAGUUGACACCAGAAGUCCUGAAAGAGCUUCCUGUCCUCAAUUGGAUCAGCAAAGUGGAGAGAAUGAUCAAGCGCAGCAGGAAGAAAAGUUAGGCUCUGGUGUAUCGAAGGUUGAUAAUGGUGAACCCCAUCUGAUCAUUGAGCCUGAAAAAAAUUCCUUGAACCAUGUUCAUGUUCUGCGGUUUGAGGUUAGUCAGUAUACAGGAAGAGUGCACUUGUAUACAUGCAUUCCUGGGAUAGACUUACGACCAAGGCCACUUUUUCUGAAUUUCCGACCAGAAGAAGUUGAAUUGAUAAACUAUUCUGUCGAUAAUAGUGAAAAAACAGAUUUCAAUUUGAACGUUACACUUUACAAACACGCUCUUCAAGAAUUUCUCAGUGAAUGGCAUAAGUUGAGACCGAUUGAGCAAAGAAAGUUACAUGGAAAGCCACUGCAACUUCCUUUAGAUAUUGAGCUGUGCUACUUGAAGGAAAACAUCAACCACAACGCUGCUGGAGUGUUGAAGGGUAAAAGUUUGCGGCGCACAACACCACUCGAUGACAUUAGCAAGCCAUUACCGUCUUCUGCUGUGUGGAAACUGGUCCUAUUAUGCUGUGGCUCUGGGAAAAGAAAGAAAGAGUAUGCUCAGGGUUGGACACUGACUGAUGAACCUCUUUGUAAACUGUGUCAAGCUCCAUGCCAGGGCAUCAAUGCGAAGACACCUGAAUAUUUCGAAGAUCUUUUCUGUAAUCUUGGCUGUUAUGAAGAAUACCGCAUUAGGAUCAGUACCACAUCCCUCCGCCGGGAACUAUUUCGAAUGGAGCGUGGUGUCUGCUCAAAUUGUCAUUUGGACUGUCAUAAGCUCAUAAAGCAUAUAAGACCAUUGACCUUGGACAUGCGGCGUGAUUAUAUUGAAAAAGUAGCACCUAAUUUGGCAAGGCGGAAAAAAUUGCUCGAUAAGAUUGUUAAUAAUCUAACUGAGGGCAGCGCAUGGCAUGCUGACCACAUUGUUCCUGUUUACCGAGGUGGAGGUGAAUGCAGGCUAGAGAAUAUGAGGACCCUUUGUGUGGCAUGUCAUUUUGAUGUUACUGCCGAACAACGUGCUGAACGACGAUUAGUUCGGCUCAAAGCUAAGAAACAACUUAGAGACGCUGUCACUGAUAUCAAGAAAGGUGGAAAUACUGAAAGGAUAGGUACCGACAUUCAGAAGCAAUUGCACGAUGAGCAAGAGAAUGUAAUUGAUGAUCAGCUGAUCUUAGUGAAGGUUCCUGGAAGAGAGCUUACUCCAAAGAUGACUGUCUAGACGAUAAUAAUACAGAGGGACCUGGAGAGUCUACAGGAGCUUAGAGGACAAGCAUCCUGUAAUUCACAUUCUUCAAGUAAUUCUCAUCACUCCACAUUGUUGUAUAUUAAUCUUCCAUGGCUGGGUUUUGUAUGUAUUUUGCAGUCAGAUUUGGUGGCUCAGUCCCAGCUGCAACACAUGAGCCAAAAGAUCAGUAUCGGCUAAUUGCAUUCGUUGGACUUGACUGGCAGGAAAAUAGGUGUCGUAUGUUGUACAUGCAUGAUCCAAUUUUGUUGCUCAAUCUCGAUCAUACCCAUUGUUUGAACUUGCAAGUUAAUGAUGCUUGCUUGUUCCCCUUAUAGUUUUGUAACGAAUGUUUUUGUAACUUAGAUCUAUUUAAUGUAAGCUUGAUUGGUCCCAA